AUGCAAAUAGCAACCAAGGCCGGGCCUGGUCGCCCGUUGGUAUCCUGUGUCGUCUGUCGGAAGCGCAAGCUCAAAUGCGACCGUCAGCACCCUUGUCGAAACUGCCUGCGCUCACGCUCAAAGAAUCCAGAGAGGGACUGCGUCUACGAGGACACAUUGCCUAUUGAUCCUGCGCGGCCACCGCGAAGACGGUCGUCUGUAAGCCAACAAAGGCUAACGCCUUCAUCAACCCCGGGACUUGUCUCGUCAGCGUCUGGACACGCUUCGUCGGAUGAUGCGGACGCGCCCAUCUUGGUUCCCCGCCCAGGCGCGUUGACCAACGCUGCGUCCCGUUCGCAUGCCACAACUUCAGAGCCAACCCAAUCCUAUCCGUCGACAUCUGCAGCACACUCGAUGCGAGGGCCCAAAUCGCUGGCAAGCGACGUGUGCUCGGCUCGGUCGGUCGAAAGCACAUUCUUCGGAAACACGAUGGCCAUCGGCCGCGGCGUGACGCACAAGUCGCGAUUCUUUGGCCAAAGUCACUGGCUCACGAUUAUUGUCUUGUUUCGAGACCUGGCGCAAACCAUCACGACAGACUUGUCAGUCGAAAACUCGAAGGCGCUCUCGAUGAUGCGCAGGUGUAAAGCUCUGGCAAAGAACAUAAAAAUCCAAAGGGCACCGAUUUGGCCAGCGCCGCCUACAACAGCUCUGCCCGCCAAAAAUUUGGCCGAUGAGCUGGUCGACUCCUACCUUGACACUACCGAGACUCUAUACAGGGUCCUGCACAUCCCCUCUUUUCGAAGAGACUACGAUUCUUUCUGGCUGCUCGGGUCAGACACGCUACCCGACAAGGAUUUUCUGAUACAGCUCAAGUUGGUACUGGCCAUUGGAGCUACUACCUAUGACGAUACAUUUUCUCUGCGUGCAUCGGCCAUGACAUGGGUCUACGAAGCCCAGACAUACCUAUCCGAGCCUGGCAGCAAAUCGCGCCUCAACAUCCAGUCUCUCCAAAUCAGCAUCUUGCUCUUGAUCGCACAAGAGGCGAUUGGGAUUGAGGGCCAUGCGCUGUGGAUUGCUGCUGGCGCUCUUGUACGGACCGCGAUGCACAUGGGUAUUCACAGAGACACGACAGACGAGUUUGCCACGUCGCGGCCACGACUCGUGCAAGAGAUGUGCAUUCGGCUAUGGAACACCGUGUUGGAACUGGCUUUGCAGUCCAGCUUCGUUGCUGGCAAGCCUCCACUGGUCUCAGUCGAUGACUUUGACGCACCUUGCCCCGGGAACUUCGAUGAUGACCAGUUGACACCCGAACUGAAGGAUCCGUUGCCGAAACCCGACGAGGAAUUUACGCAGACGACCAUUUCUAUUGCGCUCCGAAAAAUGUUCCCGCUCCGGUUAGCAGUGGCCAAAAUGCUCAACGACACCAAUGCACAAGGCACGUAUGAGGAAACCCAAAAGCUAGACCAGGGGCUGCGGGAGAUAUACAAAGACGUCUGUCGCACACUGACACGUGCUAAACUGGUAUCUCCGGCGUCAUCUCCGCGAUUUGACACGAAUGCUCUAGAUGUCAUUGUUCACCGGUAUAUUUCAUCGCUGCACGUCCCAUUUCUUGAUAAAGGACAACACGAAACAGCCUACGCAUUCUCAAGGCAGGCGACUGUCGAUGCGGCCCUCCGCAUAUGGCGCGCCGCAAGCCUAUCCUGGCACAGUGUCCCGCUGGGUAGCGGUCCCGGGGCUGUCCACGGCUUUGCGAGCCCAUCUGCGGCAGACAAGUUUGGUCGAUUCACUCGCUGCGGGUCUGCCGCUGGUUUCUUUCGCUCCGCCGCUUUUCACGCAAACCUGACUGUGGCAUUGGAGCUCAAGACGCAGCUUCGGGAGCAAGAAAGCCUCGGCCCGGCCAUGUUGCGGCCUGAUCUCCUUUCUGUGCUUGAAGAUGCCAAACACUUUACCCUGCAGUGCAUCAAUGCCGGCGAGACUAAUGUGAAGGGGUACUUGUUUAUCUGUUUGAUCACAACACAGAUCUAUAGCUUACAGCAUGGUCUGGGGUCAGAUGACGUUCGGCAUGCGAUACUCCGAGCUGUGGAGGACGCGCUGGACGUUUGCUUACCUAGUCUGGAGAAGAUGUGCAUAUCCGGGACCAGCGGCAAGAUUUCGAGCUCUGGUAUUGACAGCACAUACGCAACAGCGUUAGCGACCCCAAAUGGGAUGAACCAAGGCUACGACUCACAUAUGCCCGACAUGAUGUUUCAUUCUGCUAACGAGACACUGGACUUGAUGAACUGGAUGAUCACCGAGGAAGGUGUUAUGGAUGGACCUUUUUGGGUUGGGGGCGGGGUGGGCGCAAGGUAA